AUGGACAUACUGACUCCGCUGGCAUUCCAGAAACACCAUCCCCGCAAGCUAACGCCUGUCAAGAUCAAAGAACGAAAGCCAUUUCUGGCGUACAUAGCUAUCAUUCACCCAGUGCACGCGCACCUGUGGUGCAGCCGUGGACGCGUGCUCACCAUCAUCGGCUGCAUCUGGCCCGUGGCUCUCGGCUUCGCCUGUCCGAACCUCAUGUACCAUCGCCUGAUCGCCGUCAUGCCGCACAACCCGGACUUCACGCCCUGUCUCAUGGACUUCCCGAGCGCGCGAGCAAGCUACACGUUCCAAUUCUCGCAGUUCACCUUCUUCUAUCUGAUCCCGAUGCUGCUGCAGGCGGCGCUGUACGCGCGCAUCAGUCACCGACUCUUCGCCAGCGUCGGGAAGCUACAAGCCACACAGAAGUCGCUCGGAAAUGGCGGCGGCGGCAAGAAAGAGAUGUCCGACGCUCUGAAAGCUCGCAAGGGUGUCGUCAAGAUGCUCAUUGUCGCCGUCAUCGUCUACUUCGUCUCGUUCUCCCCGCAUCAGGUCCUGCUGUUCUACAGGCGCUUUGCGCACUCGCAGUUCCAGGAGACGUGGACGAUUCUGAUCUUCGUGAACAUAAUGGCUUACUGUAACUCGGCCGCCAACCCGCUCCUCUACAGCGUCUUCAGUCAGAAGUUCCGCAGCAAGUUCAAGCAGGCGCUGUGCUGCUGCAGCAGGGGAGGGACCCGCCGCGGUGGCGACCGCGGUCAGAGUAUGGUCGGCUCGUUUGCGACGUCGUCGACACAUCUGUCAUUAUUUAUUGAGAAUAUUUGCUAG